AUGGACAUACAAGAAACUAGUAGCAGUAAAAGAAAACAAACUAAUAGCACUGAAGAGGUUGAUGCUAAGCAGAAAAGAAGGAAAUUGACCCAUACUGAAACUAAUUCUAAUUAUAUUGAAGAAUUUAACAAUAAAGGUAAUGCGACCGUUUCUGGUAAUAGCAAAAGUACUAUGAGAAAGCUUAUAAAUGACGUCCGACAACUAAAAGAUGAUACCGGUAGAUUAAUUUGUGAGAUGUUUAUCGAGCUGCCUUCACAAGAGGAAUAUCCUGACUACUAUGUUAUUAUAAAGGAGCCAAUCGAUCUUACCAUCAUAGAUCGACGCCUUAAGGGAGGACACUAUAGAGACUUAUUAGGAUUGCGAGACGAUCUUCUUCUAAUGAUUAAAAAUGCUCAUAAAUUCAACCAACCUGGUUCGUCUAUCUACCAAGAUGCUACAAUUAUUAAGAAAAGCGUAAAUGUGUUUUGCAACAAGCUUCAAAGUGCCAGUGGAGAGCAAUCAAUUUCAAGUAGAGCUUCGACUACUGUUAGUGAAGAAGCUUCAUCGGUUGCUAAUGCGUCCGAGGACGAGAAAAAGGAAGAAGUAAACAUAUACUUUACAUUAUACGAUACAGUAACAGAAUUUAUCAAUUCUAAUGAUCAAAGUUUGUCAGAUGAACUCACCAAGUUGCCAUCCAAAAAGGCAAACCGAGCAUAUUACGAAGUGGUGAAAAAUCCCUUAAGUUUAUUCAAAAUUCAAUCAAGACUACGAGCAAACUAUUAUGAUAAACUGGAGAAGUUGUAUGAUGAUUUAGAUCUCACUUUGCAAAAUGCUCAACUCGUUAAUGAAUCUUCUUCCAAAGUAUAUAAGGAUAAGAGCGGUAGACUUCUUUGUGAUAUUUUUUGGAAAUUACCGUCAAAAAAGACGUACCCAUCGUACUACAGCGUCAUAAAAAAACCAAUUGAUUUAACUCAAAUCGAAAGAAGAAUCAAAUUGUGCAAGUAUGAUAGUGAAGAAGGUCUGCUAGACGAUUUCAAAUUAAUGUUUGAUAACGCAAAAACUUUUAAUGAGGAAGGAUCUCAAAUUUAUGAAGAUGAAAGUGGAGCAAAUAUCUCAGAACCCUUCCUAGAAUUACCUUCGCGAUCGGAAUAUCCGGAUUAUUAUGAUGUAGUCACCAAACCUAUAGAUAUCGCAAUGGUUAAAGCUAAAAAUGACGCUGAUGAGUAUGGCUCCAUUGAAGAUGCAGUAUCUGAUUUGCUAUUAGUGUUUGAAAAUUCUUGCAAGUACAAUGACCCCGAAUCACAAAUAUACAAGGAUGCCUUAAAAUUGCAUGACUUCGUAGUAGCAAAGCAAAUAGAACUUGAAGGUCGUGGGAAUUGCACUAUUCCUAAUGUUAGUAUCGCUAUGCAAGAUCUUCUUCAGAUGAUAUUCGGCUCUUUAGUAACAACCAAGAUUGGAUCACAUAGUCCUUAUCGCUCAAUUGUUGAAUUCAGUCGUCGUCGAAAGAGUAAAGACCAAAAGAAAUUCACUUCGUCUGUAAAUAGUGCUCCUAAGUUAGAUCUAAGUGAAAUAUGGGAAAUGCUCAGAAAGAAGGAAUAUCGAAGUCUAAAUAAACUUCAGAAAGACCUGUUCUCUAUCAUAGUGGACGUUCGCAAGAAUGUUGGCUUAGACUCGCAGCAUUAUGCGGACGCAGUGCAUUUGCAAAAGCUUUUCAUACAAGAACGCGAUCGCCUUAGUGAUGAACGCCUACAAUCAGUGGCCUUAAAUUACACUUUAAUGAAGUUGGAAACCGAGUUAAAUGAGGAAAAAGCAGCAAAUAAAGAAGCGAAUAACCAUGCUAACGAACUGGAAGAUAAAUCUGAAGAAAGUAAGCGUCAAUAUCUAGAUAAAAUAGUUAAAGGUGGAAUCACUUUUCGUAAAGGGGAAUAUGCUUAUAUCAUCCCAAGAGAGAAAAAUUUGAAACCACAUAUUAUGUGUAUCGAGGAUUUAUGGAAAUCCCCUAGCAACAGCCAGGAAGUUUUUAGGAGUGAUAUUAAUCACAGUGUAAAAGCUUCCAGUAUAAUGGGUAAAUGCCAUGUUAUGUAUGUUAAAGACUUCAUAAGAAGUAGAGCUAAGGUUUGGGAUUCAUCUCAAUUUGAAGCUGAAUAUGAACUCCGCGAUGAAAUUCUGCAGUUAGAUAGAUUUUCUUCCGUUUUCGCCAAUGUAAAUCAAAGCAACAGCGAUACGACAACUGGUUCAUCAGAUGCUACUGAAAACGUUCUCUUGCCUAGUAUAAAAGAGGAGGGCAAAACGUUUUACGAACAACAUAAAUCAGAAACUGGAACUUUUAAAUUAGGAGAUUAUGUUUACGUUAGAUCUGAGGAAUCAUGGCCUUAUAUUGCAAGAAUUGAUAAGAUUUGGAACGAUAGCAAAACCGAUCUUACGUAUUUUCACGGUCCAUGGUUCGUGAGGCCAUUGGAGAUUAAGCAAUCAUCAAAUCAAGAGUUUUAUUUAAAAGAAGUAUUCUUAUCGAAUAUCGAAGAUACUAAUCCUAUCCUAAGUAUAAUCGGCAGGUGUUCUGUUUUUUCCGUAAAAGAUUACUGUUCCUGCCGUAUUGUUGAUAUCCCUGAGGUAGAUGUUUAUAUAUGUGAGUCAAAAUAUAACGAAAGAGAUCAUCAAAUCCGAAAACUGAGAGGAUUGAAAAAACAUACUUUAUCUAGCGAAUGUAAUGCAGAUGAAAUUUAUUACUUCCCAUCGGAAAUAGAACCAAGCAAGGCACCUUUAAAGAAACUUCAUCGAUCUGAUAUACAGCAAAGUGAAGAAACCAACGCAGAUUCAGAGCCUAGUGAUGAUGAUGCGCAAGAAAGAAGUUCAUUAGAAGAUGGUCCUCAUACUCAAACGCCCUCACGAAAUUCAACUGCUGUCAAUUCUACUCAAUCUGAACAAAUUAAUGGUGAUACUCCGAUCCAUCCGAGUAAUUCUCCCUAUGUUCAUACUAUCGUUCCUCCUAGUGCGCCUGUAUAUAGUAAUACACCCCAAGCCAAUCCAAUGCCUGUAGAUGUUAUGCCGAAAGCUUUCCAUCCUCCUCGAAAUAUUUUUGCAAAUGCAGUUCCUAAUCCGGUCUCAAACUCUUGGAUUCCUCCUACUUCAACGGUUGUGCCCAACAAUCCGAGGGGCACUUAUGUUGUACCGCACGCUGUACCAAGUCUUACACCAAAUAUCCCACCUAAUCCUCCCCAAAUGGUACCUGUUCAGCCCCCACAGAAUUACGUUCCAGUACCUCCACCAACAAGUGAACAACAAAAUAAUCAACCGAAAUCACAACAGUUAGCUAUUCAAGAUGUUUUUGUUAGCCCUCCUAAAAGUGCACGAAAGUUAUUACACUCAAACGCCUACAACAGAUAUCUGGAUGCUCUAGAAAAAGAACAAAAUUUUCCUCCAUCUCAACCUAGGAAUUCAUCAUUGCGCUUGAAACCGGAAGAAUGGUUAGCUAGUAGUGCGUUAAUAAAUAAUGGCAAUUACAUAGAAAUUUUACGCUCUCUCAAAGAGAACUUGCUACGCGAUGCAUUUAUCGACUUUACUUACAAUAAGACGUGUUCGUGCUCUGUUCAAAGUUGUGAAUACGUUCUGUUAAGUUACGUGAUAAUCACUUUUUAA